GGCUUAUGUGAAGGAGAGGCACAAGGCUGAAAUGGUCAGCAAUUGGACCUCUUACUCUUAUGAAUCCUUUGAAACUCCAUUUUCUAUGACCGAAGACUGGUCUCCCAUGAAGAAAGUAUCCUUUCAGAUUUUCUCAGUCAAACUUCUAUUAUUCUUUCUUUCCCUCACUUUCUUAGAUUCAAAAACAAAGCUUCCCUUAAAAUCCCAUAACCAUCUCUCCCUCUCCUUCCUCAUCAAGUUUCCAUCUUUGCUCCUUUGCUAACUACUUUAAAUAAUCCAAACACACAAAAACUACGCACACCCUUCUUAGAAAUCUGUGUCUCUGUUUCCUUUUUGGGUAGUUUUUGAAUCAACCUUUGAUUUUCAGUCUGUUUCUAGUUAUAGGGUGGGAAAAACACAUUUUACUUGCAAUUCUUGAAAACCCAGUUCUUGUUUUGGCUAAAUUUCCACGCUUUCUGUUGGUUGGUCAUAAUAUAACUUCAUUCCAAUCUCUCAUGCUUCUCCACAUAACCUUUGCAAUUUAGAUUUCAGAUCUUUGCUGCUUGCUAGUUGAUCACAAACUGUUUGCGUCCAUAUAUAUAGUGUAUGAACAAAUGGAGAACUGCAAUAUGCAUGGUGGGGAGAAAAUGAGUCUUAUAAAUGAGCUAGCACAAGGCAGGGAGCUAGCUAGGCAACUCCAGAUCUAUCUCAAUUUUCCGUCUUCCUCUCAUGGAACCCGGGAAUCGUUGGUUCAAAAAAUCAUAGUUUCAUACGAAAAGGCGCUUUCCAUGCUCAAUUCUAGCAGCUCAGCCUCAGGGGGAGAGCAACAACUGCCCACAGGUCAUGCUGCGAUUCGAAUGAUUGAGUCCCCCCCACCUUCUCUCAAUGGAAGUCCCCUGAGUGAAGACUCGGAUCGCGAAUUCAAGGACCAGGACAACAAAGAUUCCUCUAGGAAGAGGAAAACUCUGCCGAGGUGGACACAACAAAUAAGAGUUACAUCAGGUAUAGGGCUUGAGGGGCCUCUUGAUGAUGGCUUCAGCUGGAGGAAAUAUGGCCAAAAGGACAUACUUGGAGCCAAAUAUCCAAGAGGCUAUUACAGAUGCACUCAUCGGAAUGCUCAAUGCUGUUUGGCUACAAAGCAAGUGCAACGCUCCGAUGAGGACCCAACAGUCUUCGAAAUUACUUACAGAGGAAGGCACACAUGUACGCAAGCCUCCACCAGCACAACCAGUGCUCCUCCUCCCCCUCCUCCUCCUCCUCCACAGAAUAGCAUGGACAUAGUGGACCCUCAACAAAAUCAGCAGCAACCACAAGACUUGCUCUUAGCCAUCCCACAAGGCCUUACAGUAGUAACUGAAGGCUUAGACGCUGGUGAUCAGGAAUUGUUUCCCUACAAUCCAUUGAACCACAACUAUGCGGGGCAUUUUUCUCCUCAAUUUAUGGGCCCUGCAACUUCUGGAACACAGUAUUUCUCAGCUUCAGAGCAGGGCUUUGGAGGAGGCAGCCAAAGUUUCCAGGGUGCUGAGUGUGAGAUUGCAGAGAUUCUGUCAUCUUCUACUUCAGCAACCAACUCUCCUGCUGCUUUGGGUUUCCCAUUUGGUCAGGCUGAUCAAAACUUAUACCCCAACUUCUCAUUUGACGGUCCAGGCUUCUUUUCCUCAUAGCUAUUAGCUUCCUUCCCAAAAGAGAUUAGCAUUUCCAGAGCCAACAUAAUUAAACUUUGUAACAUCUGCUAAGUAGUCUGAUUGAUAUGUUUCCAUUAAGAGACCCAAAAAAGCUGAUAUUUAUUUUUUUGUUUUCCAAUUUUAUUCAGAUCAAUAAACUGAAUAUUCUCUUUUAUGAAUCUUUUUUCUUAUUAAUUAAUUAGUCCGCAUAUCAGAGA